AUUUUAGCAACUGGGGAGGGCGGAGCAGGGAGUGCCCAGCCUCUGCCAGUAGCGCAGGCAGCUCCGAGGAACGCGGCGCAGCACCGGGCGGCUCAGGCAGCCGGGCCCUGGGCCCCAAGGGCAGGCAGCGUGAUGCUGGCUGUGUCACUCAAGUGGCGUCUGGGCGUGGUGAGGCGGCGGCCCAAAGACGAUGGGCCUUACUCCAAAGGAGGCAAGGACGCAGGAGGGGCUGAUGUGGCUCUGGCGUGCCGCAGGCAGAGCAUUCCAGAGGAGUUCCGAGGGGUCACCAUGGUGGAGCUGACGAAGAAGGAAGGCAGCACGCUGGGCCUGACCAUCUCGGGUGGCACCGACAAGGAUGGGAAGCCCAGGGUCUCCAACCUGAGGCCUGGGGGGCUCGCAGCCAGGAGUGACCUGCUGAAUGUGGGCGACUACAUUCGGUCAGUAAACGGGAUCCAUUUGACCAGGCUCCGCCACGAUGAGAUCAUCACUCUGCUCAAGAAUGUGGGAGAGCGUGUGGUGCUGGAGGUGGAGUAUGAGCUGCCCCCGCCCGCCCCUGAGAACAACCCAGGGAUCGUUUCAAAGACAGUGGAUGUCUCCCUCUACAAGGAGGGCAAUAGCUUUGGCUUUGUCCUCAGAGGAGGUGCUCAUGAAGACGGGCACAAGUCCCGGCCGCUCGUCCUGACCUACGUGCGGCCCGGCGGCCCUGCCGACAGGGAGGGCUCCUUGAAGGUGGGGGACAGGCUACUCAGCGUUGACGGGAUACUGCUGCAUGGGGCCAGCCACGCCACUGCUCUGGCCACCCUGCGGCAGUGCAGCCACGAGGCACUCUUCCAGGUGGAGUAUGAUGUGGCCAUUCCAGACACAGUGGCCAACGCUUCAGGGCCCUUGAUAGUGGAAAUAACCAAGACACCAGGGUCCACCUUGGGGAUCUCGCUCACCACCGGCUCCCACCGGAACAAUCCAGUCAUCACCAUCGACCGCAUCAAGCCGGCCAGUGUGGUGGACAGGAGUGGGGCCCUGCAUGCCGGAGACCGCAUCCUGUCCAUUGAUGGCACCAGCACUGAACACUGCUCGCUGCUUGAAGCCACCAAGCUCCUGGCUAGCGUGUCGGAGAAAGUGCGGCUGGAGAUCCUACCUGCGCCCCAGAGUCGGCGGCCCCUGAAGCCCUCAGAGGCAGUGAAGGUGCAGAGGAGCGAGCAGCCACAUCGCUGGGACCCCUGCAUGCCCUCCUGCCACAGCCCCCGGCCUGGCCACUGCAGGACACCCACCUGGGCCACCCCUGCCAGCCAGGACCAGAGCCGAUCCUUGUCCUCAUCUCCCUUUUCCUCACCGACCAUGAACCACGCCUUUCCCUGCACCAAUCCCAGCACCCUUCCUCGCGGAUCCCAGCCCAUGAGCCCCCGGACCACAAUGGGACGGAGGAGGCAGCGAAGAAGAGAACACAAGAGCUCAUUGUCGCUGGCCUCCAGCACCGUGGGGCCAGGCGGCCAGAUUGUGCACACAGAGACCACCGAGGUCGUGCUCUGCGGAGACCCCCUCAGCGGCUUCGGUCUCCAGCUGCAGGGAGGCAUCUUCGCCACCGAGACCCUGUCCUCCCCACCCCUCGUGCGUUUUAUUGAGCCUGACAGCCCGGCGGAGAGGUGUGGGCUGCUGCAGGUAGGGGACCGCAUCCUGGCCAUCAAUGGCGUUGCCACCGAGGACGGGACGAUGGAGGAAGCCAACCAGCUGCUGCGGGACGCGGCGCUGGCCCACAAGGUCGUGCUGGAGGUGGAGUUUGACGUUGCCGAGUCCGUCAUCCCGAGCAGCGGCACCUUCCACGUGAAGCUGCCCAAGAGGCGUGGCGUGGAGCUGGGCAUCACCAUCAGCUCGGCCAGCAGGAAGCGAGGGGAGCCCCUGGUCAUCUCCGACAUCAAGAAAGGCAGCGUGGCGCACAGGACGGGCACCCUUGAGCCGGGUGACAAGCUGCUGGCCAUCGACAACAUCCGCCUGGACAACUGCCCCAUGGAGGACGCUGUACAAAUCCUGCGCCAGUGUGAGGACCUGGUGAAGCUGAAGAUCCGCAAGGAUGAGGACAACUCCGAUGAACAGGAGACCACAGGUGCCAUCAGCUACACGGUGGAGUUGAAACGCUACGGGGGCCCCCUGGGCAUCACCAUCUCAGGCACAGAGGAGCCUUUCGAUCCCAUUGUCAUCUCAGGACUCACCAAGCGUGGCUUGGCUGAGAGGACUGGCGCUAUCCACGUUGGGGACCGUAUCCUGGCCAUCAACAGUGUUAGCCUCAAGGGCCGGCCACUGAGUGAGGCCAUCCACCUCUUGCAGGUGGCCGGUGAGACCGUCACCCUGAAGAUCAAGAAGCAGCUAGACCGCCCCCUCCUACCCCGCAAAUCGGGCAGCCUCAGCGAAGCCAGCGAUGCGGAUGAGGACCCGCCAGAGGCGCUGAAAGGCGGCCUGCUGGCAGCCCGAUCCUCGUCCACUGUGCCCAGUGUGGACAGCGCAGUGGAGUCCUGGGGCAGCUUGGCCACUGAGGGUGGCUUUGGGGGCCCAGGUUCCUACACUCCACAGGCGGCAGCCCGGGGCGUGACCCCCCAUGAGUGGCGGUGCAGCCGGCUGAGAAGCAGUCCCCCACCCACCGAGCCCCGGAGGACGAGCUACACACCAGCCCCUGCCAACGAGAGCUUCCCCGAGGAGGAAGAGGAAGACGACUGGGGGCCACCAGCUAGCCCCGCCCCUGGCCCCACCUGCGAGGAGGGCUUCUGGCGCAUGUUCGGGGAAGCCCUUGAAGACCUGGAGUCAUGCGGUCAGUCGGAGCUGCUGAGGGAGCUGGAGGCAUCCAUCAUGACAGGCACCGUGCAGAACGUGGCCCUCGAGGGCAGGCCUGGCCACCGGCCCUGGAGGAGGAACCAGGAGAUACGAGCUUCCCCAGAAGAAAUGCAGGAGGUGCUGCUGCCGACACCCUUGGAGAUGCACAAGGUGACACUGCACAAGGACCCUGUACGGAGUGACUUCGGUUUUAGUGUCUCAGAUGGCCUCCUGGAGAAGGGCGUCUAUGUCCACACUGUGCGCCCUGAUGGGCCAGCUCAACGUGGGGGUCUCCGGCCCUUUGACAGGGUCCUCCAGGUCAACCACGUUCACACGCGGGACCUUGACUGCUGCCUGACGGUGCCGCUCCUGGCCGAGGCGGGCGAUGUCGUGGAGCUGGUCAUCAGCCGCAACCCGCUGGCCCAGAGCAGCCGGGCCCCACGAGCACCAGGCCCCAGAGGCCCACGGAUGCUUUGAAGUCAGCACAUGGUCUGGACACGUUGGAAGAUCCUGGCGCCCACACAUGCAGCCAGGCUGAAGAAGUGGCCACCCACUCGUCCAUCUGUCAUCUGGCAGGCUCUGACCAGACUCUUCUCCAUGUCUGCGGCACCCAGUUGCGGUGAUAUCGAGGUCUUUCUCCAGUUGGACCUCCAAGAUGCCCAGUGUGGGGCCUGCCCAGUAGGGGUCAAGGCAGGCUGCUCAGCUGGGCGUACAGGGGCUGCCCCAGGUACCUCCAGAACCCCUGGGAAGAGCGUCUAGUGUGGGGACAGCUCAGCUCCACGUAAGGAGUGUUCUCCCAGAAGAGCCAUGGAGCCUGAGUGCUGUGAGGGAGGAGUGAGCGCCCUGUCUCAGGAGGUGAGCAAGGCGGGACCUGAUCCCACCUGUGCGGUCGUGGGAGGGUGGGGGCUACUUCAUCUGGACAGCCUCCCACCAGGAAGGAGGCUGCUCAGCGGAAGAGUCCAGCCACUUCCCUUCUCCAGAGUCUGGUGUUCAGGGCUCACCAGCAUCCCCACUUAGGAGACUCUGAACUGGGGUGUCUGGAUUCCCAGGAAGCACUGGCCCUUUGAGGGGUUCUUUCAUUUCUGAGACUCUGGUCGAAGCCUCUGUAGUUUGAGACCUCAGUUCUGGGCCCAUUGGGCGAGCUUGGUGUCAGGCUUUGGGCUGUCAGCCCCUCCUGCUGCUUUAGUAGGACGUGUGGCCACUGGACCAUAUGAAUACACCCGUCUUAGCCCAGGCCCCUCAGGGUGGGUGGGAGUCAUUUCAGGACAAAAGACCCAGGGGGUUCCAUUCAGCUGCUAUUACAGUGAAGAUGGGAAAACCAUGGAAAUAAGUAGGAUAUGUAAGAUGAUAGAGCUCCUAGCCUAAUAAAUCAGUGAAGGAGGAGAGAGAAGCAGAGCCAGACAGACAGACAGGCAGGGGAGACAGGCCAUCCUUUCUCACACCCAGCAGUGACAGUGUCCAAAGUGGUCAUUCAAGGAAGUUGAUUCUCACUUGAAAUCUGGAAGCACCAGUAUCCCUUAACAUCGCUUUCCUCAUUUUCUGCAGUCCAGAAACCCUUCUGGUUUUGAGAAGGGCCCGGGGUCUCCACCUGGUGGUCUGGGCUGUGGCCCCUGAGAUGGAGGUGGGCAGAAAGGAUUCAGCCAGGUCUUGGGACCUGUUCUGCCCCUGCCCAGCUCUUAACAGUGUCUCAGGAAAACGGGGUGCCCACUCCCACCUUCAUCCUCCUCUACCCCUGAAUCCCCUGGAGGCCUGAAAAAGGCUCUUCCACUCAAGGGACUCGAUAGGGAGUCAAGACAUCUCUUCCUUUCACCCUGGGUCCCUUCUCGUUGCUGUCUGAACCCCUCUGGUCUGACCCCCUCUGGACAAUUAAGGGGUUGACAGUCUCUGAGUAGGUACUGGCCUGCCUGUCAGGGCAGAACCAUGUCUGCCCGCUGCGCUUGGGAAAGCUACGCUCGACAGCAGCCGAGGACGAUGCAGCGACCCUGAACAGUUUUCUGCCCUCCUCGGGCUGAGGCCUCUGCGGUUCCCCCAGACGUAUGCAACCAGGCCCGGCGGGUGGAUCUCCUGGCCACGCCGGCCUUCUCAUAUGCAAUAUUCCUCUGUCUUCUCAUGGGGAUUGUUCACCCCCCAGAAUUGACACCUCCUGACACCUGUCCCCCAGUGAGCGUCCUGCCUGCCUAUGCAUUUUGGGUACAGCCCCUGGGACAUGCCCCUUCCACCCCCUAAAAGCUGUAUUUUUCUCUGGCUGAGAUUGGAGCAUAUUCCUUGUAUUUUUCUAUAUGGGGUUUUCUUAGGGCUCUCGGGAAGCACAACAUGCCAAGGGGUGGCACUGUAAAGGCCACUUGGAGUCUCCUUGGGGCCCACGUGUACAUUUGCCCUACCGACUUGCAGUGACGUGGGAGUGG